AUGGAUGGGCCCAAACAGGAACUAAUUGGGAACAACACUGGACAUUCGAGCAAUACACGUCUGACAGAUCCGGAUACUGAAAAACUACUAGCCAUGCCUCCUCCAUCUGCGCAGUUUCUGAGCAGUUCGCAAACGGGACAAAAUCAAAAUCAAAACCACGCAUUAGGCCAUGCUGAGGAGCAGCGCCAGGACCAUGGACAGGGACCGACCCCUGCUCAGAACCAAGGCCAACAGCAACAAUCACACCUACAACAGCAACAACCAAGAAACGAGUCUAUUUCAUAUUACACGAAUUUCAACCAGCCACGAUACUCUACAGAUGCGUCGAUUACUUCAUUUUUGAACAUAUCUGACAACGUAGCAGGUACCGGAGCACCCAGUACUGGUGGCACAUUUUCGAAUCUUCCACGGCUUUCUACCUCCAGUACUCAUCAAGCGCCAGACCUGUCUCAGAUCGGACGCGGCUUUUCCAUUGUAAACAACCUUUUUCCACAACAACUUCAGCAGCAACAUCUACAACAACAAUUGCAGCAACAACAACAACAACAACAACCACAGCAGCAACCUCCAUUCAAAACACCUUCUUUUUCUACGGGAUUAACGGGAAAUUCUUCCCAAUUCCAGUUUCUACAAAAAAGUGAUGGUUCUUCUCAACCAACUUCCAAGAGAAACUCUGUUUAUCUUGGACCCAAUGAUGGAGCUGAUUUUGAAUUUUUUAACAUGCAGCAAUCACAACAAUCGCAGUUUCAGCCUAGUAGUAGGAGAGAAUCAAAUGCAAUGAGACCCCCACUUUUAAUACCAACUACUAACGCUAAAAUUCAAUCGAGCGGCUCUAAUGCUAACGGAAAUAUAAACGUAAACGCUGAUUACGAUUCAUUUUUCAACGGCAAUACAAACAGCAAUAGCAGCAAUCCUAACCAGAAUCCAUAUUUUCUAAGUUCAAGAAAUAAUUCCAUGAAGUUUAAUCCAGAAGAUUUUGAUUUCCAGUUCAAAAGGCGGAAUUCUUCAGUUAGAGGUACUUUAGAUCAUGGUAACCAGAACGCCUUCAUACCUGAGUCAAGACUAAACUCUCUUACUGUUAGCAGCAAACCCAGCAAUGGUCCCGCUGCCAAUAGUGAUACUAUUAUCGAUAACACAAACGACAGCAAAAGCAACGAAAUCACUAAUGAAGAUGGAAAUAAUAACAAUAAUACCAACAUGAAGCACGAUGAUAAUGAUAAUGAUGACAGUAGUAUUAAUCCUACAUCCAGUACUAAUAUCCCAAACCAAGAUGACCACAACCUUGUUUCCGCCAAUAAUGCAAGCAAUAGCAGAAAAGACUUAAAGGAAAUAGAACAGAGACUUCGAAAACAUUUAAACGAUGAGGAUAGUUACUCGAGUACGAUAGCAAGACCAUUAGAUAAAAAUUCUGAAAUAGUUGAAAAUAAUGAAAGAUUGGACCAACAUGUGGAUGAAUCCAGUAUGCAAACGGACGUGAACAAAAAAAUGAAAAAAGAUGAGUCUGCCGUAUUCAUUAAGAAUGAGGUGCCCCGCAACGAUUCAUCAAUAACAAAAGGGAACCCAGUAUCGGACGAAAGCGCAUCAAUAAUUCACUUUUCUGGCAAAGAACCUCCAAUGACUGACAUGGCCUCAAUAAGUGAUGAACCGGCUAACCUGAUAGGGGCCACAAAAGUCGAUCAAUUAAUGUUAAUCAUUCAAGCAAGGAAGAAAGGAUUUACUGAAAAGGUGAACACUACACAAGAUGGCGACUUAUUGUUCAACCAGACAAUGGACAUAUUACCACCCAAAAAUGAACUAGUGGGGGGUGUAGAAAAACCAAAAGGGGUACACAAUACACGGACUAUUAAGAAACACGAAUGUCCUUAUUGCCAUCGACUUUUCUCACAAGCAACACAUUUGGAGGUUCACGUACGUUCUCAUAUAGGGUACAAACCAUUCGCUUGUGAUUAUUGUGGUAAGCGUUUUACCCAAGGCGGAAAUUUAAGAACACAUGAGCGAUUGCAUACUGGUGAGAAGCCAUAUUCAUGUGAUAUUUGCGAUAAAAAGUUUUCGAGAAAAGGGAACUUAGCUGCGCAUUUAGUUACUCAUCAAAAAUUGAAACCUUUUGUUUGCAAGUUAGAAAACUGUGAUAAGACCUUCACUCAAUUAGGUAAUAUGAAAGCUCAUCAAAAUAGAUUUCAUAAAGAAACUUUGAAUGCUUUAACAGCCAAAUUAGCUGAUAUGAAUCCAUCCGAAAAUAUUCCACAUGAGGAACGACAACUAUUGGAAUACUUUGCAUCCAUUUAUAAAAAUUCAAACAGAGGAAUCAAAGGUAGGGGAAAAGGUGUAGGAACGAAAAAAUCAACAAUCUCCUCACCAGAAAGCCAUUCUGCAAGCAUAAUUCUGAGUGCUAAUACGAAUGCUAAUAAUGCUAUUACUGCUGAGAGCACUGAUAAUAUUAAUAACCCAGAAGGCAACAUCGAGAGCAACAAUAACAAUUCGGGCUCGAAUACCUUAAUUUCACCUACUCAAAAAGAUAUGGGAACCCUACAAUCCCAAUAUGUUCACAGCAACUUCAACAAUUCUAUGAACAGCUCAAACCCCUCUAAUCAACCCAUAAUAAACUACAACUACACUACACUACCUCAUUCUAGAUUAGGAAGUAGCAGCUCCAGCAAUACUAAUAAUAACAACAACAACAAUCUUCCUGUUGCAUCGGUAGGUCCUGCUCCAGGUGUUUUAUUGGCGCCAGCCGCCAAUAAUGACUUUGGUUUUAACUUGGAACAGUCUACUGAUAACGGGAGAUCUCAACAAGAACAAGUCAGAUUUAAGAACAUCAACUACAAGAGCUAA